CUUGGUACCGUUGUGCUUUAGGCUUCCCGCUGCUGGCUUGGGCAAAAAAACCAAUGGGCCGUUGCCGGCUGUGCGAUUCGAUCUUUUGUAUCUUUUGCGCCGGUUUCUCUCCUCCGAAAUUCUGGCCCCGAACCCCGCAUGCCUCCGCCUCCGCGAGAUCCAACUCGAUGCCGCCGAGGCGGCGGCGGCGAGCGCCCCCCACCAAACCGCAGCCGGAGGAGCCUCCAGGCGCCGACGCGCCGUUGGAGGAGCGACUGGCAUGGAACAGCCGCCAAGAAAGUGAAUGCCGGAUUACUGCCAUCAAAGCGAUCAAAGAUGCAGAGGCCGGGGACAUACGUUCUUGGUUGCAAUUGGUGCAGUCUUAUUUAUCCAAGGAGCAGCUGGAGGCAAAUGUGUUGGAGUAUUUUCAGGAGAACUUUCCCAAUUUAUCAGUUGUCCCUAAUGAAAAAUAUGAUGUGCUUGAGCUGAAAUGGAAUGAUGGUGAUAGAUGCAUAAUUGGAGACUUCGUAGAUGAUAAUAUUCUGCAAGCUUCAAUUGCAUCAUUGCCAACUGCUGGUGUCCUUCAGUUCCUAGGGGAUUCAGUUGGGAAGGACUUCUAUAGGCGCACUGGCAGUUUCAGUGAUUUUGCUUGGAGUGAGCUACCUGAAGGCCAAAUGGCAGGAGCAGCGGAUGCUUUUCAGACGCCUGGGGCUGUGAGUAACCAGUUGUCCUUUGGCAUGACACCCAAAACCGUGAGGUUACCCAAGAAUGGCGAGAUGCUCCUAUCUGUGCAUGGUUCACCUCUUGGGGUCUACAAAGAAGAAAAUUUAGCAGCUGUUCAAUAAUCUGGUAGUGGAACUGAAGAUGCUCCCAGCUACCCACUAGGUAUUACUUAAAAUAGUAAGAAAGGUGUGUGAUUGGUUCAUCACUACAUUUUUUCACUCCUGUCUCGAGGUUGAUUGUUAUUUACCCUGCAAGAUGUUACCAGCCCUUGAGUCGUUGACAAUAACCGUAAGUGCUGCUAAUCAAGAGUUUGACAUUUGCACUCUGUUAACUAAUUCUGUGUACUACCAACGAGUGGCUAGUGAACUGAACUAUAGCUGAUACUGACAAUUCAAAUAUCUCGCAUCGCUUGGUUGUCAA